AUGGCAACAUCCCCAAGAGCGUCCUCUCGGUACUUCACAAUUGAAGACGCGAAGGCGUCCUUCAAUCUGUUCUGCUGCGUCUAUGGCAUCGGCACAUUGGGCAUGCCAGGAAACUUUGCACGUGCUGGCCCGGUGUGUGGCAUCGUUGCCCUGGCUUACAUGGGGCUCGUGAACGUGUAUGCAUCGGUCAAGUGCAGCCGAGUCAUGCUCUUGGCUCCACGCUCUGUCAAGACAUUUGCAGAUCUCGGAGAAUUCGCGCUCGGUCCCCGCGGCCGCGUGGCGGUCGUCAUGUCGCAGAUGGGCGUAUGUCUGUUUGUCCCGUGCGCGUUCCUCGUGCUUGGCGGGAAGCUGCUCGACGUGAUCAUCCCCGACGCAUUCCCUCCAGUCAUGUGGAGCAUCCUCAUGUCGAUUUCCAUUCUGCCCAUCGCGUUGAUUCCGACGAUGAAGGAAGGCGCGGGGGCGGCGCUGGCCGGUUGCCUUGGCACAAUCCUGGCCGACUUUAUGGCGCUGGGUGUGCUGGUUCACCAUCUCUACCAUGCCACCCCAGUGUCCGUGCCGACGCCAGCGAUCUCGUUCGACAGCAUCGCGUCCACGUUUGGCAACUUGUCGUUGGCGUACGGCGCCGCCAUUGUCAUCCCGGACCUGCAGCGCCAGCACUCGCAGCCGUCGCGCAUGCCUCGCGUGGUCUUUGUGACCAUGACUAUCGUCACCGUGCUCUUUGUAGCGAUCGCAUCCACGGGGUAUGCCAUGGUGGGAUGCCAAAUACCAGGCAACCUCCUCUUUGCGAUCUCGGGCCCCGAGCUCGGUUUCACGGCUGAACGAGGGGUGGUGGUCUUGGCCUUCAUGGCCAUGCAGCUGCACAUCACAAUUGGGUUCUCGGUACUGUUGCAUCCUGCGUUCUACUACGCCGAGCAGGCGGUGUUGGGGCUCCACAUGUCCCCGCCACCAACUUUUCAAGCCCUCUCCGAUUCCGACACUUGUUCAACAUCCGAUAACGACCACGACUCUACGAAUACGUUCGCUGCGUCCCACAGCAACCCAUCAAAGCUACCGCGACCUGCUGACGCUCCGCCACAUCCACCGAGUGCCAUGGAAGCAGCUACUCUGGCGAACCCUGCAGAAUCCGACGAGAGUGAUGAUGCCAGUUCUUUGUCUGGCCUCCGAACCCAAAGCUCGUCGUCCGUGUCGUCAACCCUUCCCGACGAAGAAGACGUGCCAAAAUCUGACUCGUCGUCGAACCUUGUUGCGUGCUGUAUACUCCGCACAAGUAUGGUGGCCGCGCUCACAGUGGUGUCGGUGGUUCUCCACGAUCACUUUCACGAACUGGUCGACUUGGUGGGCGCUUCGUCAGUGUCUCUGAGCUGCAUUGUGCUGCCAAUCCUGUGCUACCUCAAGGUAUGCCAUGCCGACAUUGGCAUCGUCGAACGGGCGUUUUGCUACUUUACGAUCGGCGUUUGCAGCGUCUUGAGUAUGUACGUGACAGUGCAGAGCGGAAGACAAUUGCUGGCCUCGACGGCGGACCACAUCGUGUUUCCGUAUUGUCCACUACCGUACCAACAUGUUGCGUACACGAACGCAACGUUUUACUCGAACACCAUCCCUAACCCGUAG